AGUUUCAAGUUAUUCUGGAGGGUUUUUUUCUUUCAGAGAUAUAGAUUACAAAGUGAAUGCUCGCCGAUAAAUUGAACUGCCUUUGUUGUAACAAACGAAAAUUGAAAGAUCUACAGUCAGCAUUGCAGAUCUAUCAAACAAGAUGAAACUCCACCAGGUGACGAUUCUGAUCUUCGUAGGUAGUGUUGCAAGGAUGCAAGCUGAUUUAUUUGCCUCAACUGAAAAUUUACAACACGUACUCUUACUCGAACGUCAGAUGGCUGGAGUGUUGGAUGGCGUUUUAAAAACUAUGGAAUUGAAAUUAGAUUAUUUGAGAAACUAUUUGAAGGAAUACUACAGAUUAUCACACGAAAUAGCAAACACGAAAAACCAAGAUGACUACAGCGAGUUCAUAGAAAACCCUUUACACGUGUUCCACAUGAUCAAAAGAUUGGCUGUUGAAUGGAGUGGUAUUCGCCAAAUGAUGCUUGAAAACGACUGGGAUCGCGUGGAGGAAAUUAUUCAUUCGGAAGAGGAUUUAUUACCACGUGAUGAAGACCUGCAGGGAGCAGCACUUGCACUGGUUCGUCUUCAAUACACUUACAACCUCAACACCACUGAUAUGGCACAGGGUAGAUUAUCAGGCAUUAAUUCAAUCAGUGGACUAACAGCAAGAGAUUGUUUGUAUCUCGGAAAACAUGCGUUCAACAAUGGCUACUAUGGACAUGCCAUAGAGUGGUUAGAAGAAGCGAUUUCUCGAGCGAACUUGGAAAGGAAUCAGACUGUUUCAGUAGAAGAAAUUACACUAUUUUUGGACAUUGCCAUCAGAGUACACGAUGAUGUUCUAGAAGGAAGUUAUUUCAACAAUCACGCCUACGAGACACUUGGUCAUCUAGUGCGUGACACGGGAGACACCAAACGGCUAAGACGAAAUUUGUCGACAGAAAGAAAACUCCGUCGAACAGAUACAAGUUUCUUUGAUUACGAGAAUUACGUUGCUUUGUGUCGAGGAGAGAGACUACGGACUGCGAGAGAAGAGGUUCAUCUACGAUGCCGCUAUACGUCACGUGGUCAUCCUUACCUCAUUCUACAACCAGUCAAAGUGGAAGAACAAAGUCUUGAUCCCUAUAUUGUCCAGUUCUACGAUUUAAUGACCAGUCGAGAGGCUGACACUAUUCAAGAAAUAGCUACUCCAAUGUUGACAAGGUCACGCGUUCAAGGUCAGAAAAACCUUGAGGAUGAAGUGUCUACCGUACGGACCAGUAAGACGGCAUGGUUAAAGCCAGAGGAUCACCCUAUUGUUGAUCGGAUCAAUCGAAGGGUCCAGUACGUAACAGGCUUGUCCACCGAUGUCCAGAAUUAUCACUGUGAAACUGUUCAGACUACGAACUAUGGUGUUGGAGGACAUUACGAACCUCAUUACGAUUUUUUAUACAUCGGCAAAACAGAAGAGCAGUUAACUGACGUGACUAGAGGUGGCGCUACCGUUUUCCCGAAAGUUGGAGCAGGUGUGUGGCCUUUAAAGGGUUCUGCAGUUUUCUGGUAUAACCUGAAAAAGAAUGGCACAGAAGACAAUUUGACCCUUCAUGGUGCUUGUCCUGUUCUUCAUGGGAGAAAGUGGGUGGCUAAUUACUGGAUCCGAGAAAAGGGUCAGAUGCUUCGGAGACCGUGUAGCCUGAACCAGGAAGAAUAAGUUUGGAUGUUUAUUCACCCUGUCAAUUAACCCACAGUAACUUUGACUGUCAACCAAUUUUCACCAGUUAUAGUGGACUACUGAACCCUGUUUAAACUUGUAUUCUUGCAAAGUGUUUAAAUUUUUAUUAGCCCUAAAUGUUGAAAUUUAUAUAUCAUCACCAGUUUUUCGUUUACUGCUGAAUGGUAUUAUAGUUGAAUCAUCUAAACGGUUUGAACAUAUAUAAAAUUCACAUGUAUUUCUGAUUACCAAUCUAAAACUACAAACUUUCUUUGUAAAUACACUGUGUUAUUUUUUCUUUGGCCGCCUGUGUCAGUACUAUAUGUUCCACAUCAACAUGCCAAUUUUAAUAACUCAAUUUCUCAGCUUUUGUAUACAAAAUAGUAAUAAUAAAACUACAAUAUUUUUUUGGUA